CAAUUUGACGGCUGAGCUCCGGGUUGCAUGGAUGCGAUGCUGCGGUUCGUCCGCUUUAGGCGGCCACACACACACAGACACACACACACAGACACACACACACAGACAGCUUUGGAGGCUGACUUCAUUCGUCUUCGCGGUGUGUCUGGGAGGGUUUCUCCUCCCUGCGGAUCACCUGCCGUUCACCCUCCUGUCAGGUCCAUGAUCAUGCAGACUCUCCGUCUGUGCAGAGAGGGAACUUUAACUCCGGCGUCCUGAGGACAGGGGUGGAACAUCGCGCGACGCCUUGUACGUGAACGUCAUCAUGCUGGGAGGCUGUGUGAGGCAGCCUGCAUGAACACGAUGGAGGAGGCUGCCAGUCAACUUGAGCGUGAUCAUGUGCACAGUGUUUACGACAAGAUUGCUCCGUAUUUUAAUGACAACCGCUAUAAAGCCUGGCCCAAAGUGCGUGAGUUCCUGCUGGACCUUUCGCCUGGGAGCAUUGUUGCAGACAUAGGUUGUGGCAACGGAAAGUAUCUCAGCAUCAACAAGGAAGUCUUCAAACUGGGGUGUGAUGUUUGUCGCCCCCUGGUGGACUUUGCCUGGAGUCAAGGACACGAGGUCCAGAUGUGUGACGGGCUGCAUUUGCCUUACAGAGAUGGCUGCUUUGAUGCCGUGCUCUCCAUCGCAGUCAUUCACCAUUUGUCCACCAAAGAACGUCGCAUUCGAGCAAUAAGGGAAAUGGCUCGCACCCUGAGGGUGGGUGGCUGCAUCAUGAUCUAUGUGUGGGCCAUGGAGCAGAAACGCCGCAAAUUUGAGAAGCAAGACAUCUUCGUUCCCUGGAACCCCAACCCUCAUGUGCCCUCUCACUCCAACAAAGACGAUGGCAAGCCCAGGAGAGCCACGGCGCAGAGCGUGAGCGACGCCACUGACAACUCGAAAAAGCACAGGAAGGUUAGAAGCACAUCUUCUGUUGCCGAUCAGGGACAUCUGACGCCGUCGGCGCCUCAGCAGAAGACACAGAGACUGUGGUUCUUCUCCAGGUCACUGGACUCCGUGUUUGACUUUGGAAGCUUAGCCAUUUCCUGGCCGUCAUCCAAAGAUCUGAGCACUUUAUCUUCACCUACGGGUGUAAACGAAGGAAGAGAAGUCAAACAGCGUGGAAGAGGAAGACGGCUAAUCAAGCAAGUCUCAAGCUUCUUUUCUCCUCCAUCUACAAUCGGAUCGGAGGAGGAUGUUUUUGAUUUGGGGCAGAAUGAUGCUGAAGACAAGAGCCCUGAUCCUUACAGCAGCACAGAAAACCAGAGCGUCUCAGUGUCUUUGGUCCAGGAGUGUGGAUCCCUGGCUCUGCCAGAUCUGAUUUCUUUGCAGGAGCAUCCAAAGCAGUCUGCAGGUGAAAACAAUCAGGAGCUGCAGGAAAGCACAAGUCUACUGGGGAGUGGCAGGCAGGAGGAAAGCUCCUGUUUGAGGUACUACCAUGUCUUCAGGGAGGGAGAACUUGCAGAGCUGAUUGAAAAUAAUGUGGAGGAGCUUCGAGUAAAACACAGCUACUUUGACCACGCUAACUGGUGUGUAGUGGCAGAGAAAGUUGAGCUUUUGAAGAUAUGAUUUUAUGCUUAUAAAUUUGGCACAAAGUUUUAGCACAUAAGGGAUUGUUGUAGAUAUGUACAGGUGUGGCGGCUGUCUUUUCAGGUACUCCAAAAAGCAGCGGUGGAACAGUUGCAGCACCUUUUCCGAUACAUCUAAAGUCACUUUUAGCAGUGUUCCAAACCUUAUUUUAAGUAUUUAUUCCUGAAUUUUAAAUAUGACACUUACAGACAGCAUAUAAAUGACUAGUAAGAGUUCUUUUAAAAUGAGUGAGCUUGAAUGCUGCUAGAGAUUUUUUUUUUUUUUUUAAAGAACUACAAAGGUUGAUGUUGGUAAAUGCACUGUUUUUUUCUUUUGGGGAGAUUUUAAGGUCCAAAGAGAAAUUGUGAGACAAAAUAACCCUCUUCCAUCCUUCUGACGUAAAAUGAUUCCGUGGAUAGUUCUUGAUGUCUGCUCAUGUUUGCAUGUUCUGAACAUCUGCAGCUUCACUGAAAAUGUUAAGUGUGCAAGCGACUUUAUCUAACUAUCCUACGAGCUGAAAAAACCUACAGAAAAUCUUCCAAAACGCGCAUUCCUAAAAGGAAGUGUGUGUUCUUGACUGAUUUUUAUUUUAUUUUUUAAGUUGCAUAAUGUCUAGUGUAACAAGCUGAAGCUGCUAGUAGUGUUUCAGCAAAUCGACUGCCUCAUAUACUGUGAAUAAAGAUUGCACUGCACUGCGAAUAUGUCGUCGCUCUGUGGCUCUGGGUGACAUACGAGCAGGUGACACUUGAAACGUAUUGCUUCUCUGUACUCAUCGUGCCAAGGAGAGCGCUGAUCCUUAAGUGUUAACAGUGUGUGGACCAACUGUGUUUGUACUGAUGUGAUUCUGGUACCUAAAAUAUCCUUGAGGCGGAAUUUGUUUUCUCUUAAUAAAUAUUUUGUUCAUGAGUGC